AUGAAUAUCGACAUCCCCAAGCUGGUCAAGGCCGCUGCGCCGGAUUCCGAAGGACGAAAUGCGCGCAUCGUCUCGGACAAUUGGAAUCGCCCCGUCCACAGAGAUCCUAACUUCCUGUCCAAGGACUUCCCAAGAGGUCGACCAAAGCUGUAUAUCAGUGCGGAAAGUGAAGAGUUUGACCAACUCACGCUAGACGAGUGGCGCGAUGAGGACUUCGACGUGGAGUACCUCCCAAUGGGGGGUACCGCGAAAGAGUACCGGGAUAAACUCCGAUCGUUGAGCAAAACCAAUAUGGGCCCUUCAUACGGAGAUGCCGCAGCUGCCUGUCUUGAACACUAUCAUGUCAUGGACAACAACCCAGAGUUCAAGCUGGGUCUUCUCGUUGCAUACUACCCCACGGCGAUCCCUGAUCCCAAGGGUCACUUUCCCAGCAGCAUUUCCGCUCUUGUCCAUCUCGCCGCGGGUGAGGAGAUUGGUGUCACAAAGCAAAGCCAGAUGGUUGGGAUCCAAGGAAAACGACGCACGACUCGCAAAAAGGUGGAAAACGGCAUGGGCAUUGGCGGAAUGUUGCAGCUGGCAUAUCCGACUUACACCUACGAUGCGGAGCCCGGUUUUGCAGAGCACGAUUUGGACCAAUACCACCAAGUUUCCGCUGAAUUGGCAUGGAGCCGAAGCCUUGGUGCGGCGAGGAAGGCGUUCAAUAAUCAUGCCGACUUGGAGCUCGUGUUGGAGCAAAAUGUGCAGGGCAAGUUCUUCACUCGCAACCUAAACCAAACUCUCUCAUCGUAUACAACACACAAGACGCCCCACGUCACACAUAUCCCGACAUUGACCGGAGGGGUCGGAGCCCAAGAGCUGGCAAUGUUUUACAAGCAAUUCUUCAACAACCCACCGUCAAUGAAACUCACGCUUAUUUCCCGCACUAUCGGGACUGAUCGUGUCGUUGAUGAGGUUCACGUCCGUUUCAAACACACGGAAGAGAUGCCAUGGAUUCUGCCAGGCGUCCCAGCAACAAAUAAACGGGUCGAGCUGCUUGUUGUUAGCAUCGUUGGGCUGAGAGGAGGCAAACUCUACCACGAGCAUGUGUAUUGGGAUCAAGCGAGCGUGUUGGUGCAAGUUGGCUUGCUAGACCCGAAUCUUGUGCCAGAAGCAGGGCGCAAGAUUGGCGUUGAGAGACUCCCCGUUGUCGGUAGGGAAGCAGCAAGAAGAGUUCUGAGAGGGUGGGAUGACAAUGAAGGGGAGGCCGACAAUGAGCUUGUGCCGGGCUGGCAUGAAGAAGCGGUCGAAGAUGAAAAGACAGCCAAAGGCAAGCAAAACAGUGGAGAGACGACCAAGGACCAGAAAGGAGGUCAGAAGGAGGAACAUCCAGCCGCGAAGACGUCAACGGAAAGGCCGAAGCCUACAAGUACAACAUAG